AUGAUUUAUAACAAGAAACGAGUCAUAAUUGUUGCCCUUAUCUUCGCUUCUGCUCCGGCAUGGAUGGUUUUUGCCUACUUCACUAUCACUUUCCAUAAUCAGGAACGCCCAUCAGAGCUACAAAAUGCACCUACCUUGGCAAAUACUGCCCCUAUAGUCAUUAUGGCAGCAUUAAAAAAUCAAACAGAAAUCAACGACACAGAUGACUCAGAUGUAGACGAAACUCUCCAUCAACUGAUUGAUUUUAAAGACUUGGGGAAGGAUAAGAGAGCAGUAUUGCUAUUGAUCAUCGUUUCCACUGCAACAGCAAGAUUUGAGAGAAGACAGGCAAUAAGAGAAACAUGGUGGAAACAUUGUUCUGGCAAUCAGACUCAGGUAAGCAGGCAAGAUAGGUUCUUUGUCGCCAGUUAUCUCACGAUCUCACGAUGAUGUUUCUUUCAGUAAUAACAUUGGUGACGAAUUACUCCUUAAUUUUGGCCCGAAAUUUCAGCGUUAAUUUGUAAUUUCACAUUUGAAAUUACAAAAUUGCCAUGGCGACCCUUCCGUACGUCUGAGUGUCAAGAUGGCGACGAAGUUUUAAAAUGUCAUGAAUGAAGAUGUCAGGGCACAAAAAUUAAAGACGCUUUGGAAAAACUGAACACACAAGAGAACUCAAGAAGGAUUCUAAGAGGUAUUUUGCCGAAAAAGUCUGAAAAAUUCUGAACUUUAUAAGCCAAAUUUAAGGUCUAAACAUUUGAGAGAGUGGAGUUCUCGAUCGAUACGUUCCAGGAUAGACAUGUCAAAAAUCCAAGAUUGCUAACGUAAUUCGUCACCCAUGAUAUUAAUAGGUAAUCAAAUGGUAUACUCGUGAAAUUAGGGAUUCAUUUCACUUGCCUUUUGUCCAAAUCCUAAUAAUCCUAAUAGUUGCCUAGGCCUCAUUUUCUUGGCCGCCCGUUGAUCUGGCCCGGUUACUUCAGCGAGCAUAUUCUCGGCCUUUUUGGAUUACAUCCUUCGAGUUUGUCAAAGUCUGCGGGAUUCGUUUUUCCAUCUGGGAAAGCUUCAUUGGUUUCUAUAUCUGCUGAUAUCCUAUUACUACGAUCCUGGCAUGUUUAUUUUCUGUUGGAGUUCGAAUUUCGUGGAAAAAGUUGUGUUGAAUGAGAGCAUGGCGGCGAAGAUGGAAUCUUUUGUCUCCUACUGCUUGUAUAUUAUAAUUGUAUAUAGAGUGAAUUUGAACAAAUUAGUACAAAUUAUCACGAAACUUCGUUGGAGUAAUAGGGACAACAACAACUAACUGCAACGUAAGUUUCAUUGACUUAUAUUUAGUAUUUCCUACCAAUUUUACGAUCGUAUUUUUACCCAAUACAAACACUGUAAUUUUACUAGAAUCGUACUGUGGUACUAUCACAGAGCCUGGGUUAGCUGUGGAUAAAAAUGAAAAUUUGUUAUGAUCAGGGUUGCAACUACAUCGGAGUUGUCAUAGCAACGAAAUGACGCUAUUACCUAUUUUACUUGCAGCAAUAUAUCUCGGCCGCUAGGAACUGUUCUUCCAAAAUCGUUCGCGGUUGCUUUUUCCUUUAAUAGCGGCCUCGAUGCUCGUCAAGUUUAAGCCAAAUCUGUAAGAGCGUUAUCGCGACUAUUAUGGGAUGAAGUCUUUUUUUAUGGCUAGAAACACAGUUAAAAAUGGACAACCUUGAUGUUUGGCCGUUAUCUGUACAAAACAAAGCGCUUUAGACAUGCAAUUUUACCUCAUGGUAGUUUCAACCUUUUUAAAAACGUUUGUGAAAGAUCAUGGAGAUAACUCCAGCCGAUUGCGAGAAAGAAGGAUUUGAUUACUAGGUAUCGAAACGCUCUUGUUAGCGGUUUUGUAAACAUUUUGGUCUUCUUUAACAAAUUAGCGAAUAAUUUUUAAACCGCUCCAUACAUUUUUUUUUAAAAUUUAAGAUUCUCGAGACUAACUUUCCUUUAAUAUGACCUUUUACUUUCAAUAUUAUUGAUAAAUUGUAAGGCAGUAAAAUAAGGGCUACAAUUCGUUUUUUUUGUUCCGGGAAAGCUCGAUGUGGGAUUUCUAUUCUAUGGACAUGAAGUGCUGCAAGUAGAGUGCGUGAUAGUCAAGUACAAAGCUACCAGUCUAAACACAUACGUAACGUAGACGGGUAGUUAAAGUUGCUUCUAGUAGUAGUCGAAGGUUAAAUCAUUGAUAUCUCAAGUAUUUAUAAAGUGCAACACGACUUCAUAUCUUAACAACUACGAAAAUCUAUCAAUUAAAUACAUACAACAGUAGUAUAGGGUGCACCACGGUUUCCACUUUUUUGAGCAGGAAUCUCAUAAGCGUGAGCAGGAAUAAAUUAAAGCCAAUGACGUCAUAGGCUAUUGUCUUGAUCUCAUGAAUAAAAUGCGCAGGAAUCUCAUUAAGAUAAGGUCGUGUGUUAUUUUUAGUUGGUUUAGGUUUUCUAGUUACUUUAAUGUCGAUAGACGUCUUCCUUUUCGAUUGGUUAGUUAGAAAAUAAGAAACGUUUUCAUUGGUUAAUUCAUAGUGUCUAAGGAGUAAAGUCAAACUUGUCUGUGACUUAAAAUCACUGAGACGUAACGUAAUUAUGCACUUCCUAUUUCCUGCUGCUGUGAUUGUCCUGUUACUUACCCCUCUCCUUUUCAUUUUUUAUUUUCCUCCUCCUCCACAAUUUUGUUAUUUUCCUUCCGCAAUUUUUUUAUUCCCAUUUUUCUUUCCUCCUCCUCCUCAUUUCUGUUGUUUUCCCUACACCACCACCACCACCACCGCCACAUUUCUAUUGUUUUCCCUCCACCACCACCACCACCGCCACAUUUCUAUUGUUUUCCCUCCACCACCACCACCACCACAUUUCUAUUUUUUUUCCUCCACCACCACCACCACCUUCCUUGUUUUCCUUCCUCCUCCUCCUUUUUUUUUAUUUUUUCCUCCUCCUCCUCCUCCUCAUUUUUUGUUUUUUCCUCCUCCUCCUCCUCAUUUUUUAUUGUUUUCCCCUCCUCCUCCUUCUCAUUUUUUUGUUGUUUUCCUCCUCCUCCUCCUCAUUUUUAUUGUUUUUCCUCCUCCUCCUCCUCCUCCUCCUCCACCUCUUCCUCAUUUCUAUUGUUUUCCCUCGAAAGGCCAAAGGGGCCAAAAUCAGGCCUAAACGGCCUAAAAAGGCCAAACUUGCAGGGAAAACAUCAGAAAUGAGGAGGAGGUGGAGAAGGAGAAGAAGGAGGAGGAGGAGGGAAAACAAUAAAAAAUGAGGAGGAGGAGGAGGGGGAGGAAAAACAAUAAAAAUGAGGAGGAGGAGGGAAAACAAUGGAAAUGUGGCGGUGGUGGUGGUGGAGGGAAAACAAUAGAAAUGUGGUGGUGGUGGUGGUAGUGGUGGAGGAGGGAAAACAAUAGAAAUGUGGUGGUGGUGGUGGUGGAGGGAAAACAAUAGAAAUGUGGCGGUGGUGGUGGUGGUGGAAAAACAAUAGAAAUGUGGUGGCGGUGGUGGUGGUGGUGGUCGUGCAGGGAAAACAAUAGAAAUGAGUAACAGUGGUGGUGGUGGAGAGAAAACAUAGAAAUGUGGCAGUGGUGGUGGUGGUGGUGGUGGUGGAGGGAAAACAAUAGAAAUGUGGCGGUGGUGGUGGUGGUGGUGGAGGGAAAACAAUAGAAAUGAGGAGGAGGAGGAGGAGGAGGAAAGAAAAAUGGGAAUAAAAAAAUUGUGGAAGGAAAAUAACAAAAUUUUGGAGGAGGUGGAAAAUAAAAAAUGAAAAGGAGAGGGGUAAGUAAAGCAUUGCUUGCAGUGUAUAAAAGAGCUAGUUUGCCUUUGCCCUCUUUAAUAAACACGAUUUGUCCGCCAAAAAUCAGUGAACCGGAACAAGGACAAUCACAGCAGCAGGAAAUAGGAAGUGCAUAAUUACGUUACGUCUCAGUGAUUUUAAGUCACAGACAAGUUUGACUUUACUCCUUAGACACUAUGAAUUAACCAAUGAAAACGUUUCUUAUUUUCUAACUAACCAAUCGAAAAGGAAGACGUCUAUCGACAUUAAAGUAACUAGAAAACCUAAACCAACUAAAAAUAACACACGACCUUAUCUUAAUGAGAUUCCUGCGCAUUUUAUUCAUGAGAUCAAGACAAUAGCCUAUGACGUCAUUGGCUUUAAUUUAUUCCUGCUCACGCUUAUGAGAUUCCUGCUCAAAAAAGUGGAAACCGUGGUGCACCCUAUACUACUUACAACAAAGUGAAUCUAUUUAACCGUGGAGUCCCAGUAACUGCGACAAUAUUCCCGGAAACGUAACGCCUCAAUACACCACAAAUAGGAUUUCCCGCUAUAAUAUUUUCUUAUCCUACUCGGGGUAUUUACUUCAUAAUACGCGUCCAUAAUAACGCGAAAAUCAAGGGCCUCGAUUCGGGGAAAAUUACAUCAUUGCCAAACAGCAAAAACGUAAUCAACUUACAUGCGUCAUUUCAGUCAUCGCCAAAAAUAAACCGCAUGCUCAUCACGAGACUCAUUUGCAUACAAUGAAACUCAUCACCAUUCUUAUCCCCAGUUUCCACGGUCUCUUCUAGGAACGCUUGGGAGCAUGGCGUCCUAACUUGUGCCCACACACAAACAAAAAUAAAGAAACGUCUGCAUUUUUAGUCUAGCUGUGCUAAAGCAAGCUCUACUAAAAAGCUCCUCAAUGAAUCAUUGGCGAAGGUGCCUUGGUUAUAAAUAGAGAAAACAGAAUUGAAAGUCGUGAAUCUGCUUUUCCAGAAAACGUUUAGUUUCAUCAUUUCAUCAUUUUUACCUCACCAAAGUAUGGAAUGUGUGUGAAAAGAGAGCUACACAACGGUAAGAAUACUAUUGACCAACAACAUACAGAGCAGGGGCAGCUGUAGUGUCAACUAUGUAUGUGUAAUCAAAUGGUGACGAGUGAAAUUAGGGAAUAAUUUCACGCACGUUUUGUCUUAGGCUCGGGAAAUUAUUAGGAUUUGGACAAAACGCAAGUGAAAUUAUUCCCUAAUUUCACGAGUAUACCAUUUGAUUACCUAUUAAUAUCAUGGGUGACGAAUGACGUUAGCAAUCUUGGAUUUUGACAUGUUUAUCCUGGAUCGUAUCGAUGGAGAACUCCUGCACUCUCUCGAACGUUUAGAGCUUAAGUUUGGCUUAAGUGGUUCAGAGUUUUUCGACAAAAUACCUGUUAGAAUCGUUCUUGAUGUGCUCGUUCGUGAGUUCAGGUUUUCUAAAGCGUCUUUUUGUGCCCUGACAUCUUCAUUCAUGACGUUUUAAAACUUCGUCGCCAUCUUGACACUGAGACGUACGGAAGGUUGCCAUGGCAAUUUUGUAAUUUCACAUGUGAAAUUAGAAAUUAACGCUGAAAUUUCGCGCCAAAAUUAAGGAGUAAUUCGUCACCUAUGAUAUUAUACUAGUAAUACAUGUACUCUAGAGAACCGUUUCUUUCAAAUUUCGUCUUAUUCUCGUGCAUAUCUACGCAUAAUUUAUGAAAAGACAAAGGUUCACGUUCCCCUGAGAGCUCUAUUGGGAAAACAAAACACACAAGCGAAAGAGGUCUAUUAACGGGCCCGAAAAGCUGUUGUCGUUUACAUUAAAGCUCGAGGUUUCAGUAGGUUUACAGAUAAUAUGAUACAACUAUCAGUAUAUAAUCUGAAUAUUUGAUUUCGGGCCCGUAAAGUUACCGGGACUUUCGAGAAACGGGCCCCAGGAGCAUAGUCCUUGGAGUCUCGGUUCAGUCAAUCCUGGGCCGGGUUGUUCAAAGCAGGGUUAAGAUAACCCAGGGUUAGUGCGAGGUACAAAUUCAGAUAUGAAAGCUUAAAAAUCAAAUUCAGUGUAAUUCUUUUAGCCUGUAAUGUACUAAAUUGAUGCUCUAUAACGAAUAGUGAAAAUUAUCCGGCAAAAUGCUUUUGAACGAAAGAACAAGAAACCCAGAAUAAACCUUAAUCCUGAGUUACGAUUAAUGGGCUUUCGAACAAGUGGGCCCUGGAGUCUACUAUGAGCUGUGACGUCAUCGACAGAGACUCGCCCGCUCUUUUCCAGACUUCGCGCGGACAACGGGCAACACAGAACGCCUAGGGACUAGGCUGGGGUCCCAGGGCUUUUCUCUUGGACUCUGGGAGGGUCCCAUCCCAGAUUUACACGAGAAAGGCCCUGAAGAUGGCUUACACGACACCCGAGACAUAAGGGCAGUUCUGACCUCGUGGGUGUAACUUGAAUUUUUCUUUCUUUAGGUGGAAUGCGUCUUCAUGACUGAUGGACUCAUAACAGACCAAAUUCAACAUAACCUUAUUUUAAAGGAAAAGGAUAAAUACAAGGAUAUUAAGCUCCAGCCUCUUAAAGGAGGCCGUGGGUGGUUUGGAUUCCGCUUCCUUAACCAAAUCAAAUGGGCAGUGGCGAAAUUUAACUUUCAGUACCUACUUAGAAUUGAUGAUGACUACUUCUUGUGCCCAAAAAGGCUUCUUUCUGAGCUUCCAUUGAGACCAAAACAAAAUCUAGUUUGGGGAUUUUUCCACUGUCAAGCAAGAAACACAUGGGUGGAUGAUGCAUUUAUGAUAUUCUCCGAAGAUGUUAUUCAGAAGUUCUUGGCGCAGAACGAAAGCUCGAUGUUGUGUCAUCCACAAGCGGACCAACAAGUCAUGUUGUGGCUGAGCAGUAUUCUAAACAUAACAUACUUCCACGAUACCAGGUUACAUCAUCAGCCUCCAGCGUCAUAUGUUCCUCGAUUUAGUCACAUCUCGAAUGUUUGUGACUCCCAUUUAGGCGCGCAUGGGGCAUAUGGCGAGACCAUGUAUUAUCUGGGGCUAAGAGCUAAUGACAACGCUAAAGAUGUUUCAGCUAUUCCUGAUUUUGCAAAAUUUUGUAAAACCACAAAGUUUGAUCACCGUGCAUUUCGUGGUGUGUGGCGACAUGAACCCCAGCCCUGCAAAGAUAACCCAGCGUGGGACUUGGGAGAUAAAAUGUGGUUUGGUAAGGAAGUUGUUCAAGGAGUGUAA